UAACCGUGCGACCCUCGAACAGCUCGAGUCGCUCAAUAAUACCUGUCGCCAAUAAUUCAUUUUACCCAUCUUCUUUCCUUAUUUGUACAUGCAUCGAAAGUGAUAAGGUCCGUCGUCAUCCCCGUUCUUCCGGCGCAACUCUCCGUCCACCUGGCAACCCCCGUUUUCCGUUGCCUGGUAGUGCAGGGUAGCCGUGUCGGGGCUGUGAAGCGAAGCGAUGGACGUCAGAUUCCUGGUUUUGGUCCUGGCGCUGGUUGGCCUGAUGGCUGCGGGUGUUGGAACUCGCAUCCAGGGUGCCGCUGCUCGGAUUGCCCAGAUAGCCUUCGCCGUCGCUCUUCUCCCCCUCGUUUAUCGGUACCACAGGAGGAUCUAUGUUAUCAUCAAGACUCUGCCUCGUGACGUCAAGUUCUUAUAUCGCUACAUUAACGCCGAUAUUGAGACAAAGGGUUUCGUACGUAACAACACAACGGUGAUAAAGAUCUUCACAGAACGUGCGCGAAUUUAUCCCAAUAAACCAUGCUUUAUUUUCGAGGGUCGGAUCUGGACAAACCUGGAUAUAGAGAAACUCAGCAACCAAGUAGCUUCUGUCUUCCAGAAGGCUGGAUAUGUCAAAGGAGACGCGGUUGCAUUGAUGAUGCACAACAGGCCCGAAUAUAUUGCGAUAUGGCUGGGGCUAGGAAAAUUAGGGGUGGUAACAGCUCUCAUCAACACCAAUUUGCGUGUGCAACCUCUUCUGCAUUGUUUACUUGCAGCAAAAGUGAAGGCAAUUAUUUAUACUCAAGAUUUGGGUACAGCAAUAAGUGAGAUCACAGAUACUAUACAAGGAAUUGACAGAUAUGAGUGGGGGAGCCCUUUGGGAGAGGAAUUAGACGGUGCUAAAAACAUUGAAAAGCUUCUCGCCGAAGGUAGUACUGCGCCUCCAGUAGUUGGCCAUAUUCCUGGUUACAGGGAUAAUUUACUCUACAUCUACACAAGCGGCACAACUGGACUGCCCAAAGCUGCUCUGAUGCCGCAUUCAAGGUAUCUGCUCAUCACUAUGGCCACUUAUCAUAUGCUGGGCCUUCGAGCAAACAGUGAUAUAAUGUACAAUCCACUUCCGCUCUAUCAUACAGCUGGAGGUCUAGUCGGUACUGGUUGUGCACUAGUCAAAGGAAUCCCAAGUGUUUUGAGAUCAAAAUUCUCCGUAUCUGCCUACUGGACGGAUUGCAUAAAACACAAUUGUACUCUUGCCCAAUACAUUGGUGAGAUGUGUCGGUACUUAUUAUCGGCACCACCUCGACCUGAAGAUUCUGCCCACUCUGUUAGAUUGAUGGUUGGCAAUGGUAUGAGAUCUCAGCUUUGGCAAGAGUUUGUUAAUCGCUUCAAGAUUGAACAGAUAACUGAAGUUUAUGGAUCUAGUGAAGGAAAUGCUAACAUUGUGAACGUUGACAAUCAAGUUGGAGCUGUCGGAUUUGUUCCAUCGAUAUUACCAAAAUCUUUGCAUCCAGUAGCUCUUAUACGGGUUACUCCGGACACUUGCGAGCCCAUCCGAGGACCAGACGGAUUUUGUAUAAGGGCGAAGACAAACGAGCCUGGAAUGUUUAUAGGACUAAUCAAGCAGGGAAAUGCUUCAAGAGAAUUCAAUGGAUACUUGGACAAAGAAGCAUCAAGGAGUAAAACAAUAGAAAACGUGUUCAGCAAAGGUGACAAAGCAUUCUUAUCUGGUGAUAUUCUGGUCCAGGACGAAUAUGGAUAUUUUUAUUUCAAGGACAGGACUGGCGACACUUACAGAUGGAAAGGGGAAAAUGUAGCAACUGCGGAAGUCGAAGGUGUUGUAAGCAAUGUAGCUGGUCACAGAGAUGCUACAGUCUAUGGAGUACAGGUACCUGGAAUGGAGGGAAAGGCAGGAAUGGCAGCUAUAGUCGAUCCCGAUAGUCUGCUCGACUUUAAAGCGUUGGCUGAGGGUCUUGAUAAAGCUCUUCCCUCUUAUGCUCGGCCAAUUUUUCUGCGCAUUGUAAAAGAACUCGAAAUGACGGGUACAUUUAAGUUGAAGAAAAUAAACCUGCAAAAAGAGGGAUUUGACCCUAACAAAAUUCAGGAUAAAGUAUACUUCAGGUCAGGUAAUAAGGAAUACGUACAAGUGACGCCUGAGUUGUACGAGGAAAUUAUUUCCGGGACGGCAAAAUUGUAAGGUGCGUAGUACACCGGGUCGCAUAUUUGCGCCUGUGCAAAAUAAGUAAAAAAAAAAAUGAACAACAGGACUUACUUGCCAAGGAAUCUACCAAAUCAGAACUGUUAUGAAUGAAGAACGGUAGGAGAGGAGUGAAAGACAAGGAAUACAUUAGUCCAAGUAUUUCACGGUCACACUUAUUGUUCGUCCCAUAAGAAAUACGUAGUUUCUGGGAACGAAAUCAUGCUAGUGUGAUCACGGAGAGGUAAUUUCUACUAACAUUUUCAUUGAGUAUUUAAAGCAAGAAUAUAAGGAAAUGAAAGAUUAAAAAAAGGAUCAUAAACGAUGAUUUUUUUUAUUAACAUCCCAAUAACGAUGAAUCAAGAAAUGUAAAUUGGAAGUGCAAACGUCAGGAGAAAAUUAUAAUUCGUAAGCAAGUGUAAGAACUAGAGAUUGGGAUGCAAAAAUUUGAUCUCAUCAAACUUCAGAUAUGAGUAAAAGUAUAUGUAAAUUUAGAACAUUUUUAAAGUAGGUCUCAUUCAGCUCAAACUGCACCUACCAUCAGUUAGAUUUCUUACUGAAUUGAAAACCUAUUACGUUGAAAAUUGAAACGUAGACGCCGGUGGAAGAGGUGAAACGAUGAUGUUAACCAAGAUAGCCCAAUUAUUUAGAGGUACCAAGAAAUACCUCUAAUUGAAUAAUUUGGCUUGAAUUUGCGUGACUAGUUAAUUAAUAUAAUAUACGAUCGUUGUUUCCUGGUUACCUGUAAUCAAUUAUACUUAUUUGAGUGGCAGAUGUCGAAAUCUUCAAAGUACAUUCGUUCACUUGGAUAAUAAACAUAGUAUAUGAUACAUAAUUCUAGUGUAUGAUACAGGAGUAAUAGACACAAUAACUGCAUUCAUUGCUUGCUAAAUAUGAAGAAAAGAAACCAAAAACCGAUUCUCCAGAUAAAGAUCCUAAUUCUUUUGGGAGCGUUCUUGGUAUGUAUGUAUAAAAUUCUAGUCUUUGAUGCCAUAACAAACACUACAUUUUUAACUAUACAUGUAUAAAUAUAUACCUAUGUAGUAUGUAUAUUAUACAUGUAUAAUACAAUUAAAAUGUAGUGAUAUUACUUGGAUUGGGAUUUUUUAAAACUUAUUCGACCAUACUUAUUGUAUUUCAAAAUAAAUUUCAUAAACAAUCAAUUGUUGAUACUGUAGAACAACGGUGGGGAUAAUUUUUCUCAACACACAGCAAACUCAAAUUCAGAUUUUUUUGUUUGGAAUAAAUAUACUUAUCUUGAAAACUGUUUGUAAGAAACUGUUAUUUUAAAUGUGGUGUACUUAUCUUCGGUUCAUUACUAUUGACCAAUGUAAAUGUUAAUUAUGUAGUGAUUUUGAGUUUUUUAAAUAUCCAAUUGAGCAGAUAAAUUAGUGGCAAUUUUUAUACGACUCUUGAUAUUAAAGAUGAAAAAUAUUCAAAAUGAUAAUCAGGUAUAAAUAACGCAUGUAGCUAGAAAAUUGGGGAAGCGUUUAAAUUAAUAUAUUAUGUGGUUGAUUACAUUAUGAAUAUGGCUCAAAAUUUAUAAUCUUUUUUAAAAAUAAUUAAUGCUAUAAUAUAGUAACUGCACCACCAACUAUCAAGUUACUUUAGAUUUGAAAUAGCUGGGUAAAAAAUAAUAAUAAUUAGACUGAUAAACUCUACACAUCAUUUCUGUUUUUAAAUGUUGAUAACUGAUGGUUAAGGUAAGAAGGAUUAGUUGUAUAUGCAUAUUUUAAUUGAAGUGCAUUUCGAACUGGACACUGUAGAAAGUUGAACAUAUAGUAAUAAUGGUGAUGAUGAUAAUGAAGAUGAUAAUGAUAAUAAUAAUAAUAAUAAUAAUAACAACAACAAUAAUAAUAAUAUAGUUCAAACGUACGAUUUUUAUUGUUUGCGCAUUUUUAAUAAUGUGUAUAUUGCUCGGGGGUCACAGUUAUUAUCAAUCUCAUUACAUUUUAUAAGGUACAAUAAUGACAAUUUGACAGUGUAGCAUUUCUGCAGGAUAUCUGUUAAUUGUUAUUGGCAUAUGACGAAUUCUUCGCGUAAAUUAAAACCGUAUACAAAUAUAUGCAUCCAAUAAUUUACAAUUUUUUUCUAUCAUGAAUCUCUGACUGUGGUAACAUUACAUGCUACAUGCAUGAUUGAAUAUCACAUUACAUAGUAAAUAAACUACAAAAAAUAAACAGUGUAAUGUGCCUUUUUCGCGAUUAUCUAAACUUAAUUGAAAACUUAUAGUGGGAUUCAAUCAAUUAUUAUGUGUAUCUUAUAAUUUGUAAGUAGAUGAGGAAAAAAAAGUGAAAAAUAUUUCUAAAUUAACCGUAUACCCAAUUCAUCACUACACUGCACGCAGGGUAAUUUGAUCGCGAGUUAAUGUUGUGAAUGAAGUAUGUAUCGGUAGUUUUGUUGGAUGUAAAUAAAUAGAGUUGAAACACUAACUAUUCCUAUACUACAUACACGAAUAAUUACUUAUAAUACUUGGUUAUUUUCCACGACCAGAUUUUCUUGAUUGAUUAAGCCUAAUACUAUUAUUGAUUAUUUUUAAUAUGGUAAUAUCUUUACACACUUUUGAAAUAUUACCUUCAAUUUUUGUUCUGUACAAAAUUAUUAAAUUUAAAUUGCACACCACUUGAGGUAACAUCAAGUACGGUCAAUCAAGUAACUCUUUUUUUGAUACAUCUGAAGAACUGAUUGAUCGCACAAUCAAACUGAGAAAAAUCGUAGCCUCAAUUUCUCACUAUGUAACGCAUACUAAUUGUUAUUCUAAUUAAUUAACAAUACUCUUUUGACUCAUUAUGGUAGAUCUGUAUAAAAACGCGUUUUAUUGCACAUUAAAUCAAAUACAGCAGGGAAUAUGUGUUAAUCGUAAAUGUGUUGAUACGGUGACUGUAAGACAAAUGGAGCAUCAAGACACAUAUGAGUCAAUGGCAAAUAAAAAUAUUAAUAAUAAACUGGAGAAUGGUAUGGAAUGUGUUAUUCUAUUAAUAUUAUUUCAUUCAUACUUUACAUUCUAACUGGAAAAGGUCUUCUUGAACUAGCUAGGCACUGUCAUAAUCGCAAAAGUUAUGGAAAAUUAGGCACAGUCAAUGCAUCUGUUCACCAAUAAUAUAUCAAAUAAUUGAAAUGUUUCACGCUAAAUGUUGAAUGAAGUGAUUGAAAUUCUUCACAGUAAACUCUAAACCAAUUCAUACUCAGGAUAUCAAUGGCAAUUAUUUAAUUUAUUAUUUACAAGCAUAUUGAGUACUUAAAUUCAAAAUCUGAAGUCCCAAACUUGCUUUCGUGAACUACAAAGAUACAAUUUAAAACAAUACAAUCCUUCGAUUACAAUUCGUUGUUCGAAAUCCAUUUUUUUUCUUCUUAAACAUUUUUUGUUAAUCUUCUGAGUUAAUAUUAUUGUCAAAUAAUAUAAUAUCAAAGUGAAUGCAGUCACAAAAUGUAAUGAUAUUCCUUUUCGAAUAUUGUAGGUAUCCACAAUGACAUCCACUAUUUGAACAGUGCUAGAAGUAAAAAUUUUUUCUUCAAUUCAUUAACGAUCUAGAAAUCAUCGGUUAUUAAAAAUCAACACCGGAAUGUGUGCCUUUUAUAGUUUGAUUGUGUUAAGGUGUGAGUGGCGAUGGAUGACAGGACCUUAUUUUUAGUUGAUUAUAUUACAAAAUUCUGACAAACUGAUGUAAUAUGUAAGUAAAAAAAUUCUCUAGGAACACACAUUUUCUAAAAAAUAUUCCAAUAUGACAUAUAUAACACCGUCUUGACUAAGCUAGUGAAGGUAAUUCUGUCCCAUUGAUACCUUGAGUUUCCUUCAUUUUUAACAUGGCAACCCUUUACAUACCGUGAAUAAUUUUUAAUUUGAAUAUGUAUAGACAGAGCAUUGGUGUCAGUAAUUUGUUCAAGAUAAUAUAAUACUUAUUAUCGAGCUUCAUCGAGGUAAAUUCUCUUCAACGCUCUUCUUAAUUCAUAAAACCGGUUGCCAUACAUCAUAAUUAAAUGCAUGCAAAGACAGAUUACCUCUCUCUUUGUGUAACUUUAUUAUCAUCAGUGUUAUUAUUUCAUGUUUCAUAUCAAGAUCUUAUUAAAUGUCAUCGCGGUCUCAUAAUAUUGUGAAUUUUCAGGGAUAUCUUGUCCCGCUGUAGACGACAUAAAAAUUAUAGAUUUUCAACUAUUCAGUCCAACUAUCAACUUGGUGGUAUCGCUUUUGCUGUUUGGCCAAUUCCCAAAUUUGGACGAUUUCCAAACCACGACAUUUUCCAUUCCAAAGUUUCCUGCAGCAGUUUUUCUUCCUCCGGGGAAAAAUGGAGUAGAGUUGCAACUGCUCUGGUCAAGUGCAGAGCCUAAGGUAAAUAAAUAAAAAUUCAAAUAUAUUUCAUCAGAUCGAACAAAGUAAAUUAAAUUUCGUUCAUUCACAGAUCUCGUUUUGACACUCCAACAAGUCUUGCUAUGUACCUCGUAUUCCCUGCUUGUUAGGAACUUUAUCAAAACAUGCUUCAGGUACUUGAAGUUCACAUCUUCUUCCCUUGAAUUAUUUUGACGUGGUGUAACAGUUUUGGUAGAGCUUGGACUUAUCACUGCAGUUGCUGUCCCUGUAGGUUCUGCGUCGCUGUCCAAUGAAGACGACGGAAUCCUCAACUCCCGCUGAAGAGUUUUUUUCAUAUCUGCCAGCCGCUGUUGUAGAACUUUGAUUGUCUGUAAGGUGAAUUCAAUUAGUCAUUUAACAUUCGUUGAAUUAUAGUUACAUUUACCUUUGAUUUUUCAUUGAGCUGAUCUUCUAAGUCAAGUAUACUGUUCUUCAACAUUUUUUCGUUACCCUCAGCCAGUUCUCUACUGUGUUCCAUUGUCUCCAAUUCUUCGAUCCUCAGUCUAGUCUCCGCGAGUUGCGUUUGGCAUUUCUCAAGUUCAGUGUUAGCUGUCUUUAUUGUUUUUUCCAAGUUAUUAACACGACUUUGUAAUUCAUUGUUCUCACUUUCUUGCCGUCUACAUUCUUGCUUGACCAUUUCAACAUCUUGCGAUACUUGUGCAUUCCUUAGUAAAGCUACAUCUUUUUCUUCCCGUUCUUUUUCAAGAGUUAUUCGUAACUUCGCUGUAGUAGUUCUUUCAGUUUCUAAUGUUUCUCUCAACCGAGCUACCUCCAAAUGUAAGGAAGCAUUGCUUGUCUUUUCCCCAUCCAAUGAUAACUUCAGUUGUGCGAGUUCCGUUGUUGCAAGAGAGUGCUUCGAUGUAACUUCCUGCAAAUCUUUUUUGAGUUGCUUGAUUUCCCUCGAAGACGAUUCCUAAAAUUUUUCAAAGAUUCGAUUUCAUUCUCAAAGACCUGUCAUUCAAAAGCAAUUAAUAAUAUUUUGUUCCUUUUGUAAGCAUUGAGGCAUCAGUAUUAAAGCAUGAAGAAAUAAAUCCUUCACAAAGAAAUUGUGAGGACAUACUCAGUUAAAAAUUUGUAAACAUUCAUAUCCCAAUUUACUAUUUCUAAUAACACUUAAUAGUGAGAAAUA